AUGGGUGACAAUUCGGAUUGGUCUAAAAAGCUUUUUCAUGAUUCGGAAUCAGAAAUGGCUGAUAUCGAAGAAGGUAAAAAUGAUAUAAACAAACUCUGACCUUCAAAACAUCAUAUUCCAGAAUCCGACUCGGAUGAUGAGCAAACUCGCAACGUUCCAAUAGUGGAGUUGUCUCAAAAUGGUAAAAUUUCAAUGAAGCAACUGAAAUUCAUGUGAAAUAUUUUUCAGCAUUUGCGGAGAUCAUUCACGGAAAAGCUUCAGCUAUCGUCAAGAGAGGUUUAUUCGAAAACAAGAAUGCGGCAGCUUUCAAAAGAGGUAGAUUUCUCAUAUAACAAAAACACAAAAAAAACAAUGAUUUUUCAGAUUUGGAAGAAUGGUAUGUGCGUCUUUUCUUGUUGGUUAAAGUGGCUAAUAUCUUGGACUACUUUUUUUAUUCGUGGGUACUUUAUGCAAUUUUCCGUUUCCUUAAUGAAUAG